AUGGAGUCGCGUUCAGAAACUCUGCUGGGCGAGCUACCGGUCAAUGCCGCUGGAAAAGCUGACCUUGGCGUUGAAACCGUCUUUGUGGCUCUAGCCAUCCUCACCACCGGGCUAAGGUUGUGGUCCAGGCACCUCAUCCGAGCGUCUUUGCAGAUCAAUGAUGUUCUUAUCAUUGCGGCUCUGACGCUCUUGGUGAUCCGUUAUAUCAUUGCAAUGAUCCUCGUCUUGAAAUGUGGACUCGGACUCCACGCCGACGAGAUCGAACGGGUUGCGGGUCCAGAGAUGAUCGUCCUGUUCCGAAAGCUCGUGGUUGCUAUUGAUCUCAUGUGGCUCACGCUCGUCGCCCUGGUCAAGACGUCCAUCCUACAUUUUUACGCGUCCAUCUUUCGCCACAACACCUUUUGCCGCGUCGUCUAUGGGGUAAUAGCCCUCGUCGUUGCCUUUUGGUGCGCGGCCUUCUUCUCCGACCUCUUCUUCUGCCGGCCCGUGCAAAAGUCAUGGCUACCCGAGACGCCCGGCGAGUGCGGCAACAGCAUACUCAUGUACAUUGUGCUCGCGUCCACCGAUCUGACAAUUGAUGUGAUCAUCUUGUUGCUCCCAAUGCCCGUGUUGUGGGGUCUCCAGCUUCCUACGCCCAAGAAGAUUGCCCUGACGUUUGUCUUUGGCCUUGGAUUUGGGAUCAUUGCCAUCACCUCGGUUCGCAUCAAGUACUUUUUCGAACUGGACCCGGCCGACAUCACGUAUACCUUUUCGAAGAUUACGCUUCUCUCGUCCAUGGUGCCCAUACUCGGCAUCAUCAACGCCAACCUGCCCAUCCUCGGCCCUGCCUUUAAGCGCAUCUUCAACUCGUCCUUGUUGACCACCACGGUCAAAAAGUCCACCUUGACCACGAGUAGCGGUAGUCAAUUUCGUCGGAUUGCGGAUGGGGAGUACCCGCUUGUCAACAUUGAUGCGGCUCCGGAAUCCAGAUCCACCUAUGAGGCCGGCAUCAGUGGUAUAAGUGUCACCAAGGAGUUCAAUUUGCAGACGGAAGUGAAACGGAAGGAAUCUGGAAGUCCCUUUCAUGAUUGA